AGGAUUCAGGCUGUUUAUGCGCAAUACCGUAAACGAAAAACAUUAUUUUUAACAUAUUGUUCAGCCAUUUUAAAAUUAAUUUAAUGUUUGGCCUCUUUCAUGCGAUUCAGUCUUGUGUCAUGAUAAUCGUGGUGACUACGUUUCCCAGAGUUCCACGCGCGAAAGUGGGCGUGAACUUCCGGUAUAUGUUGCGAGGUAGCUUGUUAGCUAAACAAUCAUCACGAAGGCGGUUUAUUUUACUUAUUUUUAUUUUAGAUUUAUAAAUCGAGUCGUUUGGUCGGAUUUUAAUCAAACUUUGUGAAAUUGGAUCAGAAUGUCGGAUGCAUUGAGUCAAACCGCGGUGGACUUGAACCCGGCCAUGCGCCCGCUGGACUGGCUCCUGGGGACGUGGGAAUCUGAGGAGCCCGGUCAAGGCUCCUUUCCCACCAUCUCACCUUUCCUCUACAACGAGACGCUGCAUUUCACUCAUGUGGGACAACCGGUCAUCAACAUCACGUUUAACGCUUUACACGCCGAGACCAAUAAGCCGCUGCACAGAGAGAGCGGAUUCAUCCGGAUUCAACCGGGGACCAACAACGUUGCCUUCAUCAUCGCGCAGAACUCAGGACUCGUAGAGAUUGAGGAAGGUGAGCUGGACGGACAGAAACUCACUCUGCAAAGUCGAGCUUUAGCCAGGACGUCUUUCGCCAAAAAGCCCCACGUCCAGCAGAUCACCAGGGUCCUCCAUCUCAGAUCAGACGGGAGACUGGAGCAGAAGGUGUUCAUGGCGCUGGAGAACCAGCCUCUGACCCAGCACUUACACAUCACCUACCGCCGAACUUCCUAAUGCCACACACACACACACACACACACACUUAUCCUCAACUCACUAAAAAGCGACAAUGCACUGAAACGUUCACUUUAUUUAUAAUCAGAAAAACAAUUAGGAAAGGCCACGCCCCCUAAUUUGUCACUCAUUAGCAUAAAUGUAGGCUUAGCAUAUAUGGGAAAAUGGUGUUUAGGGUGAUUAUUAGGACGUUUGAAUCGAUUUAACACGCUAAACAUGAGAGAGAUGGAGAGAGAGAGCGAGAGAGAGAGCGAGCGAGAGAGAGAGAUGGAUGCGUUUGGGAUUCUGUACAAAUCUGCCACAAACCAGUUCAAAAAUAUAAAGCUGGAUUAUGAAGUUUAUUUGAUUAAUAUAAAAUGAUUCACUUGAACAGGAAAAAGUUUGUGGAUUAAAAAUCAAUACUUUCAUUUAUAAUCUGAUCCUUUUUUAUUUUUAAAUAAAUACGGGUUUAAUCUGAAAAACACUUAAAAGGCUAAUGGGUCUAAAAUAUAAUGAGAAGAUACUGUAGAUUAGAAUAUAAAUGUAAACAUGCUACUGAUCUUCCUCAUGUUUACAGCGUCAUGAUGUCUAAUAAAAACCAAUCAAAUGUUUCGCAA